CCUUAGCAGUUUCUCUCCAAACAAAUUCCAGUUCAAGACACCUGAGAGCUCCACAGCAGGGCAGCAUCCCCAGAGCGCAGCAGGGCAGGGGUUAGGGGGAGCAGUCGGUAGCAGCACCUGCCCCUCGUACGGCAGGAGCGAGAAGUGCCAGCCUCUCUGCACAGAGCAGCAGCGUUCAGCAUGGGCCAGACGUGCUGCGGUGAUGGGAUACUACUGCCAGAAGGGUCUUCCCAGUUGUCCUACGUAAGCUCUUCAUGUAAAGAAAGGAGCUGGUGCAGAGAUGCUGCCUACAAUAUAUACCAGUGGAAGAGAACAAACAGCAUAUGCUGCCCAGAAUAUUACAGAUAAUCGGCUUGGUGAUCCUGUGCAUUGGCAUCUAUGCAGAAGUGGAAAGACAGAAACAUAGAACCUUGGAAGGGAUCUUCCUAGCUCCAGCUGUGGUUCUCCUUCUGCUGGGCAUCACAAUGUUUGCUGUUUCCUUUAUUGGAAUGGUUGGGUCCCUCAGAGACAACAGGACACUGCUGAAGACGUUUUUCUGGGUUCUUCUGGUGAUCUUCAUCACUGAGGUGCUGUUGAUAUUCAUUGAAAUAAUCUUCGAAAACAAGAUGAAUGCAGUUUUCCAUUCCAACAUCCAAGAGGGGAUUAGGCAUUAUUAUGAUGACCUGGAUUUCAAGAACAUUUUGGAUUUUGUACAAGAAAAGUUCUCUUGUUGUGGAAGUGAUGAAUAUAAAGACUGGAACGUCAAUCAGUACCAUUCAUGCAACGGCAGUGGUCCUCUGGCUUGCGGGGUUCCAUACACUUGCUGUAUCAAGAAGGUCCCUGGAGAAGUCAUCAACACUCUGUGUGGAUACAAGACCCUUGAAAAAGAGCGACUGCAACUGGUUGAUGUGAUCCAUGUGCGAGGCUGUAUCCAUGCAGUUGGCCUGUGGUUUAAAGACAACUUUGAAGUCACUUUUGGGAUAGUUUGUUCCUUGCUGCUUCCACAGGUACUUGGCCUGGUUAUGGCCUGGUUAUAUUGGCGAAAGCUUGACGACAUAUACUGCAGACUGGACACUGUUGAUUUCAAGGCACUUGAGGUGAUAGACUUCAAAGCAGUGGACUUCACAGGUGCUGGCUGGUGCUUGUGUUUUCCCAGAGAAGGAGGCUACAUUCCCGUCAAUGUCACAGAUGAUGACGAUGAUGAAGAGGUUAUCGGUCAAAGUAAAGUGUGAAGAGGUUCCGGUAUCCUCAACGUGGCAGUUCAGAGCAUAGCGCACCUGAAGGCUCAGACUAGAGAAUGUGUGAUGGACCUUAAGUAGGGAAAUAACUAGACAUCACACCCACUCGUGCUUCAUCCUCAAAUUCAUGGGAUAUCUUAACAGGAAUUCUAAAAUAACUUAACAUGGAUACAUGAGUAAGAAUCAGCACACCCUGAAGGCACACAAAAGUGCCAUAGUUUACAUGCACUGUCUUGGCAACCCCAAGUAUUUGUAUAUAUCUCCCUUUUACAAAAUAAAUGUAACUUUUUCUUUAAUCUUA